GAGAGAGAGAGAGAGAGAGACGCGCCCUAAGCGGAUGCUCUGCUACACGCUAGUUUAGGGUUGUCCACUCGCUGGCUCGCGCGCCUCAGAGCCGGUUUCAGCACUACAGUCAAUGGGAACAGCUCUCAUUUGCUUUGACUCAGUUUCGUGACUCAGCCCCGAGAGACGCGUCGAGAUCCGCGCGUGCGUUAACGGGAGUGAGGCUGCGGGCAAGUCGGACCGCAUGCUGGAGCUUCGGCUCGUCACGGACUCACUUGCGGACGCCGAAGCUCGCACAGCCGUGCGCCGGCUCUGACGCGUGAUGGCGGAGUGCGGGCGGAGGGCGCUGUCGCUGCUCGAGGCGGCCCGCUCGCGCUACGAGAGCUUGCAGAUUUCGGACGACGUGUUCGGCGAGUCGGGAGACGACAGCAGCGAGAACCCGUUUUACAGCACCACCGGAGACUCCAACUCGGACAGCUGUGCGGAGGCGAGCGAGAGAGCCAGCGGUGCAGGGGCCGGCGGCACGCGCGCUCCUCCCGGCUCGGCCUCUGCUGGACAUGCGGAGCUGAAAGAGGGAGAAGAGGAGGACGGAUGGAACGAUGCGCUGCAGGACACCGACACCCCCCACUAUAAAGACACACACGGUCCCACACAGAAAAUGCCGGCCACUGCCACAGCCAUGGAUUUCUUCCAGCUCUUCGUACCUGACAACGUUAUUCAGAACAUGGUGACUCAGACCAACAUGUAUGCUAAGAAGUACCAGGAACGCUUCGGCAGUGACGAAGGCUGGACCAGUGUGACGCCGGCUGAGAUGAAAGCCUUCCUGGGCUUUGUGAUCUCCACCAGCGUGCACCGCUGUGAAUCCGUCCUGAGCAUCUGGAGCAGCGGUUUCUUCAGCAACCGCAGCAUAGCCCUCAAAAUGAGCCAGGCACGCUUCGAGAAGAUCCUUAAGUACUUCCAUAUCGUGGCCUUCCGUUCAAGCCAAGGUGGUAACCAGGGCCUUUACAAGAUCCAGCCCUUCCUGGAUUCACUGCAGCAGAGCUUCAGCUGUGCCUUCCGGCCCUCACAAACACAGGUUCUGCAUGAGCCCCUGAUCGAUGAGGACCCUGUGUUCAUCACCACAUGCACGGAGAGGGAGCUGCGCAAGAGGAAGAAGAGGAAGUUCAGCCUGUGGGUGCGACAGUGCAGCUCCACUGGCUUCAUCUGUCAGAUUUAUGUACAUCUGAAGGAGGGCUCCGGUCCAGAUGGACUCGACACAUUGAAAAACAAACCGCAGCUCCACAGUCUGGUGGCCAGGCAGCUCUGUCAGAACCUGUCUGGACGUAACGCCAUCAUUUUCACCGGCCCCAGCAUCACCAGUCUCAGCCUGUUCCAGGAGUUUGAGAAUCAGGAUAUCUACUGCUGUGGGCUGCUAAGCACCAGGAAGAGUGACUGCACCGGUCUGCCUGCAUCUAUGCUGCGUAACCCUGAGGGCCCUCAGCAGCGCGGCCAGUCCCACAUCAAGAUGAAGGGGAACAUGUCACUCAUCAGCUGGUACAACAAGGGCAACUUCCGAUUCCUCUCCAACGCCUACUCACCCAUCAAGCAAGGUGUGAUCAUUAAGAGGAAGAGUGGAGAAAUCCCAUGUCCUCUGGCUGUGGAAGCUUUCGCUGCACACCUGAGCUACAUCUGCAAAUAUGAUGACAAGUACAGCAAGUACUUCAUUUUCCACAAACCCAACAAGACGUGGCAGCAGGUCUUCUGGCUCACCAUCAGUAUCGCCAUCAACAACGCCUACAUCCUCUACAAGAUGUCUGACGCCUAUCAUGUUAAACGCUACAGCCGUGCCCAGUUCGGCGAGAGGCUCGUCAAGGAGCUACUGGACUUGGACGACUGCUCACCUACAGAGUGAAGUGACCGCGUGACCACACACACCCACACAUAGACAGUGACAGCUACCAAACUGGGGCUGUCAUUAUUUACGACGAUGACGUCUCCACACCUUCUAUCUGUGACAAAUCAAAGCCGUGCCAAGUGUAUUUAAAAUCAGCAGCCCUCACAGUCUCUCCAUGAUAAGCCUCCCUCCUACUGUACACCACAGGACCCUGUAUAUAAGCCAUCCGACUGUCUGUGUGUCCUUCUGCUGCAUGAUGAAUGUGAGUGUACGACCCUGUAAAUGUGUGAUGAUUUUUAUGACAUAGUGUUUGUGUAGUUUGAACCCUGUGGUAAACCAUUCUGUGGAUUUGCUCCUGUACGUCGCAAGAACAAUGAAAAAACAAAAUUACACACAGCGAUGAACAGUCCUAAGUGGAAAUGAAGAAUGUAGUGUCAUUUUUACGUUCAUUCAAACGGAAGCUUCAAAGUCUUCCAAAAUUUGUUGUCAUUUUUUAAUAGAGCUUAACUUUGCUGUUACAGUUGAGUGCAAAAGUUUGUAUACCCUUAGGACAACUUGAAGAUGAUUUAUAGCAGAGUGAAAAAAAGGCAAAUAGUGUAUGCUCAGAUAUUAGUAUUGUAAAAAAAAAAAAAAAGUUAAAAAAAUCUCUCUUCCUAAUAACUUGUAUCUCCACCCUUUACCUUUAUAGCUGCCUCCAAUCUCUUCCAUGUGCUCUGAACAGCUUUUGGAAUAGCCCUGAUUUUAAUAUUUGUCUCCCCACAGUCUUCCUGCCAUGUCUCUGUUCUAUCUCUGCUGGAUUAAUUGGCCAUUCUUUUGACAUAUCUAUUAAAAUUCUGUCGGAUAUCACAGCCUUUAUUUAAAUCAGGUCUGUAGACUGAGAGGGUCAUGCCAAAACUUCCUUUCAAACCAUUUUCUCUUAAUUUUUAACUUAAUGGUAUUAUAAUUCCUGUACAUAAAUUUAAAAUGUGCAGAGGUGCCAACAUUUAUAGUCAAGCCAUAGCAUUUACUUUUUUUUUUACCCUUGGGCAGGACUGUGAUCUCUUUGGUCAUUAAGAAAAGGAGUAGGUGCUUAUUGCUUGGAAAAAACGAUCUGCCUCGUCCACUGGCAUACGCACAGAUUGUUUUUUUUCCUCUACCUGCUGGGAUUUCCUUAAUAGCAAUGUUGGCACCUCCGAGUAAAUUUUUAACAUACCCAGAAGCCAGUGGGGUAUAAAAACUUUUGCAUUUAACUGUACCUAAUAUUUAUUCCAGCGAAGGUCUUUCAUGAUUCAGCCUGAUUUAAAAUAUUGCCACACGUGAGUGAAAUAUAAAAAAACAUGCACUUUCCCUUUCGAUUUUUGCACUUUGGAUUCCAAGGGAAAUGUAUAAAACAGACCAAAAUGACAUGACGACUCCAAAUAAAUGUGUAACCAAAUUUGCCACAAAUUUGCCACAAAGAGGAAUAUGAGUUUAUGUGGAUUUUCUGAGGCCUGAGGAUGAGAAGUGUGUGCUCUUCAUUCUAUUAUCAUUAUCAUCCCAUUACUAUUCAUGCUUUGAGAAAUUUUAAUGCAGGAGCAAAUGAGUGUAAAUGAGACGAACACAGCUUGUAAAUAGAUUUCAUUGUGUGUAUCAGGCUAGGCUUGGUGUAAAUGUGAUGUUAGGCUGAGUGAGGUUAUCAGGAGACUGAGUCCUGCCUGUCAUCUGACUGCCUUGUGAAAAUGACCGAGGAAGAUGGUAAAGGUUACGAAAUGGCAACGAGAUGCUUCUUACAUUUCAAAAUGACUCAUUUAAUCAAUCACUUCAGGUUGUCUAAGCUGCCCUGUCCUACACUUCAGCCACUGAUGAAAUGUUCUGACAGGAAUGUGGCUAAAUCUUCAUUUGAAAACUCUAUCAGGACUCAAAAAUCACGGAUGACGUUUUCAUAGUGGUUAGGGAACGUGAAACAAAAUCUGAAGAGUUUUCAGUGACGCUUUACUGGAAGGCUAUCUAUGUCAUAGGAGUGGACAAGUCAGUAGACCAGGACAAGCAGAUUUCACCACCGGACUUUUUUUGUUGUUGUAAAUUAUAGUUGCUUGUUAGACAAUAGACAAUGUUCUGCAAUAGUUUUCAUUUGGUGUAUGUUUAAAAUGAAUGCACUUCAUGGUGGUGCAAUGCACCUUGAUACUCUAACUACAGUGUGCACUUCUGAAUCCCGCCACCUGCCGCACUAAACACAUUGGCCAUGGCACAGUGUGGUUGAUGGAUAAAGUUUUUAAUAGGCAGAUUAGUUAGUGUGCAUGAAUGACAGAUGAUCUUUUCAGAAUCAGAAACAUACAGGUGUUGUAACUGAUGCUCGAUUAAUAUUUUCCGUGAGAUGCAAUGACAGAACACAACAGCUAAUAGCCGAAAAGUUCACCAAACACAAUCAAAUAUUCAUUCAUUUUCCUUAGUCGGUAUUAAUGCACUUAACUAGCUAACUAGCUUGCCAUACAUCAUUAAAUUAUGUAAGUUAAACAUUGCUCAUCUGGCCAGUAGUUUUUCAUAUAUACUGGUGCAUUUUUCUAGAAAUUUUAUUCAGCAGUUAUGUACGCCAUGAAAUAAGCAUUAUGCUCAUGGCCUUCAGACAAAGUAUUACUGAAGAUUCACUGGAGUGAAAAACUAAAAGCAAUCUUGUACACUUGUAGUUUUGCUUGUAGUUUCUUCCAUAUCACUGUGCGAUGGCCACAUAUGACACUGACCCCCUGACUGUGUCAGAUGGAUGCCAAAGGAUUGAUGAUGCACUUAAAUUGUUGGCAAAUAAGUAAUAAGUGGGGAAGGCAGCAAAUUUGUCUAAAUACAAGAGAGCAGCUCUAUCACACUCUACUGCUCUUGAAGAUAUGGACUCAAAACUCACUGAAGCCAUGUCAACUCACUUCUCAGCUGUUUUCCACUUUGGUUUCCCUGGACCUGUUAACUGCAUCACUGCUUUAUUGCUGCCAUCGCCUGCUCUUCAGUCCCGUGUUUUCAAUAGUGAGGAAAUGAAACAGCAUGCUGAAAAGGGGCAGUUAAACAUGGUGCAUGCUCUCUUUAUGGUCAGUCUGUACAAAGUAGGAUGAUAUACGGUGUAUAUUAAACAUAUUUUCUAUCUGUAUAUUUUUGUUGAAGGCAAAAUGAUUGUUUAAUCUUUUUCUAAAUGUCUUUUUUAAUAUACUGUUAAUGUGAUCAGUAGUAGAGGUGUGCACAGGACUGUUUUUUUAUUCCCAAUUCUGCCCAAGGAAUUUUGGCUAAUCCUGUCCUGAAGGAAUUCUGACCCAUCCUGCCUGCUCCUGAAGGAAUUCUGAUCUAUCCCGCCCGUUCUCGAAGGAAUUCUGACCAAUCCCGCCCGUUCCCGAAGGAAUUCUGACCAAUCUAUCUCGCGCCCGAAAGAAUUCCAACCCAUCCCACCUGCUCCCAAAAGAAUUCUUACACACCCCACCCACUGCCGAAGGCAUUCUGACCCAUUUCAGCCAUUCCCAAAGGAAUUCAGACCAAUCCCACCCGCUCCCAAAGGAAUUCCUGCUCACUCACAAAGGAAUUCUGACCAAUCCCACCCACUCCCAAAAGAAGUGACACACCCCACACACUGUAGAAGGAAUUCUGAACCCUCCACUCUGCUACAGAAGGAAUUUGGACCAAUCCCACCUACUCCUGAAAGAAUUCCUGCUCACUCCCUAAGGAAUUCUGACCAAUCCCACCCACCCCACUCGCUGCAGAAGGAAUUCUGACCCCUCCAACCUGCUACCGAAGGAAUUCUGACCAAUCCCGCCUGCUCCCAAAGUAAUUCUGUCCAUACUCGCCCACUCCUGAAGGAUUUUUGACUGAUACCACCCACUCCCAAGAGAACUGAAAGACCCCUCCAUCUUGUCCCAAAAAGAAUUCGGGCCCAUCCUGUCUGAUGCCAAAGGAAUUCUGAACAAUUCCACCCACUCCCAUAGGAAUACUGUCCGAUCCCACACCCUCCAAAAGAAAUUGCGAUUGAUUCUGCCCCCUCCACAAGGAAUUCUGAACAAUUCCACCAACUCCCAAAAAAAUUGUAAUUGAUCCUGCCCCAGGAAUUCUGACCAAGCUUACCCAUUCCAGUCCUGUUCUAGUGCAAGCAGUCCCGUUGUGUCCAACACACUCAUGUUAAUGACCAUGGCCUUUCUCUGUCUUGUGAGCAUCAUUUCAGACCGCUUGCAUUUUUUUUUUGUUGGGUCUCAUUGGAUCCUGGUCCUGAUGCACACCUCUAAUCAUGAGUGCUUUAUUAAUAUUAUUACAUUGUAUAUAUUUUAAGAUCUUAGAGGAAUUGGAAGGUUCUAUGUUUUUACCCAAUUAGUUAUACAUGUGUUAUUGGCCUGCCAAUGAAUCCAUGUUGAAAAGUUUUAUACCAGAAUUAACUGCUUUAAUUUGGAAGUUGUGAAUUAUAUUAUUAUGCCCUUGAUAUGUUAAGUAACAGAAUUGUCAGAUAGCACCUUAUAAUUCUAAGGUCUUGUUUGUUUCUAUUCCUUGUCCUCAUUUUAAAUACUUUAGAUGAUAGCUUUUGUUUCACUUUAUUGCAAUGUUUUUGUACUGCUGACCAACUGCAUUGCCAACCGUCUAAUACAUAGAUAACUACCACUAAUGCUUAUUUCCUGUGAUGCAACAUAUGAUCUGAAUACAUGAAUGAAUGGCUUUAUGGCAUUAGUACCACACUUCCUCUCGCGAUACUGUUCAGACAGAGGCUUGGAGGAAGAGAAUGGACUCCACUGGUAGGACAUUAUGAUGAGUCUGAUGUAAAUCUCAGGACUCCUCUGUCCUUGUGAGAGCUUAGUCUUGAGAAACCUCAGGGUUUUAUAACUACAGUGAUGUACUGCAAUGCAAUAGGUUAUAAACUGGAGGAGGAGAAUAGUAAACACUGCCUGGGGAGCUUUUAAAACCAUGCUUACAGCUGGUUAAAACUCUUAGGAUUUAAAAAUAUAGCUUGAUAAAACCUGUACCUAUGAAGUCAGACCUUGUCCUCAUAGGCUGCAUAUGAUAUAGACAUAUGUGCAGUUGACUGGCAUCAAAGCUGAGCAUCUGCAGUAUGUGAGGAGGAAACCAUCUGUACACAAUUAUUUAAUUAUUAUUUGUUAAUAAUUAAGACCUGAUCAUUUACAUUGGACCAAAUGUCAAAACAUGAUAAAGAACAAUUUAAUAUUGUACAUAAUCUCUAUCUAUGAAGUUCCACAGCAGUGAAUGACUGUAGUGAGUGUAGUGUGUGUUGCUGUAAAACUCUUUGUGUGUCUUCCCAUUGUAAAUGUUGAUGAAGAUCCUGUGUGCAAAUGUUCUGUGUAUUUUUCACCCACGACUGCAACACUCCUGUCUGAGCUUUCCUUCACCCUUUUCUCUUCACCUUUGUCAGUGUAACUUUACACCAAUUUGCACACAAAUAAACGGACAUGGCUCUUU